AUGGGCAAGAAAAAGGGCAAGAACAAGGCCAAGAGCUCCGCGAAGAGCACCCCCAAGAGCACCCCCAAGCAAACGCCACGCCGCACGCCCUCCCAGUUCCAGCCAUGGCCCAAGGACGAAUCAGUGAAGAACCGCUUCUCCCUCGCCGACGAAGCUCGCUUUGUCUCGGGCCACCGCAAGAGUGCCUUCGAGGCCGGCAAGAAGCUGCGCAACAUGCCUGUCCAGUUCGUCAGCGCCGGCUUGCUGCAAGGCACCCUCGAGGAGCCUGAGCCUGAGCCUGUCUCUGCCGACGACUCUGCUUCUGCCGACGACGACGAAACCCCCGCGCCUUCCCCCUCCUCGUCCGCCCCGCCACCAGACAACACGCGAGCCAUGGCGCACAUGGUCAUUCGCAGCCCUUCGCCCGCCGUCUCACACGCCUCGAGUGAGUCCAGCGACGAGGUCCUUUUCAGAGGCCGUGGCAACACUUCGGCGCCUCUUUCCACCGCCACAUCGAGAGUCGAGAGUCCUCUGCCACAGAAACAAGCUGUCGCGGUCCCGGUCGCUGUCGCCGCGGCCAGAGACACCGCAGUCAAGGGCGCAAACGCAAACGCGCAAUCAGUGGCUGCUCGAGUGGCCGAGUCUACUUCACGCCUGGUCGAGGACGUGCAUGUUCAACCAAAGAUCAACGUCAGCAUUCGGGUCAAAAAUCCACACGUCGAUGACGCCGCCCCUGCCCCCGACGCCGUCCUCGCACCGGAAGCCGAUGCCGUGUCAGAUACCCAUGUCGUUGUCGACGCGCAGUUUGCGAAGCGACGUGGAGGCAAGCCUGGGUGGGAAGGCGCGACAACACCAUGGGAACACAAGUCCAAGCCAGGCAUAGGAUGGCUGCCUGUCGAGCAUCGUCCAGGAACAGACGCUUUCUUGCAUGAUGAUGUCGACCCUCGCGAUGCCGCCAUGGAGGACUACAUGCAGAACAUGGAGGAUUUUGGUCUGACCAGCGACAUGAUGGCCGCCUCAGGCUUUGCACGUCGCGAGAUGGAUCUCGACGCCGGUAGCCACAACGACUGGGAGUCGGCUUCCGGAAGCCAGCCAGGCGAUGAAGAAGCAGGGCCGACCGACAGCUGGGACUCUGACAUGCUCCAGGAUCUCGAGGGUAUGAGCACGUCAUCAGAUGUCAUGGACACCGUUGUUCGCAUCUUGUCGAAGCGCAAUCGCAAGAGCGGAGUUCAAUACCUGUGCGUUUACGAAGGCUCCGUCGUCGAUGACGCUCGCUGGCUGCCCGGCGGUUACCUUCAGAGUUCUGCCGAGAAGGACUUGAUCCAAGCUUUCGAAGAAGCUCUCCUGCUCCGUAAGAAGGCUGAAAUGGGUGACAGCAGCACAAGCGACGACGACGGCGACAGCGACGACGGCGAUAGCGACGACGACGACUCCUCCAAUGAUGAUUCCGACGAAGACGGCGACGAUGCGUUUGGUGAAGACGAAGAGCUCGAUGACGAGACCAUCGCACGAGUCCUACAGAAGCAAGAGGAGCUGGGCCUAGGCGCAGACGAGCUUAUGCUCUAUGCAGCCGAUGACUACUUUGGCGGAUCAUCGCGUGCAGAUGACUACAUCCCGCUCGGCGUUGGUCGAUCGAACAGGAAGCAGCAGAAGCGUGGCGGACGAAGAAAUCGCGAGCCUACCUUUCCUUCAGCGUCUGCCAUGGCAGAUGCGCUCGAUAUGGAUCCUUACAACGGGUUCGACAUCAUGGAUACCGACCGCCCAUCAUUACGACCGAGGAAGAAGGGCCGACGUGGCCAGAUGCCCUUCGAGCUUGAUGACUCUGACCUCAACGAACAAUUACAGAAUUCUUGGGAAAAUGACCGUCAAAAGAAGCGCAUGAAGAAGGCCGAACGCGAGGAGCUACGGCAGCAAGGCCUUCUUGGCAGGAAGGGUAAGGCGCCUAAUCUAAAGGUCAAGUACAAGGACGGGAUCAUGAUGGAAGACGUUCUCGAAGAGAUGCGCGAGUUCUUGAUUGGCGGUAUGCAAACCUUGGCUUUGCCUCCUAUGGAUGCAUCUCGUCGUGCGACGAUCCAUCAAGCUGCAGACUUCUUCAAGCUGACAUCCCGCUCUCGUGGAGAUGGCCUCGAUCGUUUCACCGUCCUCACAAAGACCACCCGUACACGCACCUAUACCGACAACGAAUUCGACAAGGCCAUUCUUCACAAGGGACUGCUCUAUCGUCUCACAGGGCCAGCCUUCUCGCAGAAAGGCGACCGUCCUCGCAAGUCGGCAACCGUCCGUUUCGGGGGAGCACGAGGCAAGCCUUCGACCGGCUACCGCGAUGGCGAAACCGUGGGUGCCAACGCGCCUGAGAUUGGCCCCGAAAACAAGGGCCACGCUUUGUUGGCCAAGAUGGGUUGGUCCAAGGGUAUGGGACUCGGUGCUCUGGACAACAAGGGCAUCCUGCAGCCGAUUGCGCACACUGUGAAGAUGACAAAGGCGGGUUUACAGUAG